AUGCGCACUCCAGCGGGAAAGAUGGCGACCAGUAAUGGAGGAAUGGAGGUGGACGGGGCAGCCAGCCCCAGUGUGAUGGCGUCAGGGCUCACCGGCAGCGUCUCUAUAGCACUGCACCCUCUGGUCAUUCUCAACAUUUCUGACCACUGGAUACGGAUACGGUCACAAGAAGGGCGCCCCAUGCAAGUGAUCGGCGCCCUGAUUGGAAAGCAGGAGGGGAGAAACAUCGAGGUGAUGAACUCCUUUGAGCUGCUGUCCCACACCACAGACGACAGAGUCCACAUCGAUAAGGAGUACUACUACACCAAGGAAGAACAAUUUAAACAGGUUUUCAAAGAGAUGGAGUUCCUGGGCUGGUACACGACUGGAGGACCUCCCGACUCCUCAGACAUCCACAUUCACAAGCAGGUGUGUGAAAUAAUCGAGAGCCCUCUGUUCCUGAAGCUUAACCCGAUGACCAAACACUCUGAUCUCCCGGUCAGCGUGUUUGAGUCUGUGAUCGACAUUAUUAACGGCGAGGCGACCAUGUUGUUUGCUGAGCUGACCUACACUCUGGCCACAGAAGAAGCAGAGAGGAUCGGUGUGGACCAUGUGGCCCGCAUGACGGCCACUGGAACCGGAGAGAACUCUACAGUUGCUGAACACCUCAUCGCUCAACACAGUGCAAUAAAGAUGCUCCACAGUCGAGUCAAGAUCAUUUUAGAGUAUGUUAAAGCUGUGGAAACAGGAGAGGUGCCGUUUAAUCACGAGAUUCUGCGAGAGGCGAACGCCCUCUGCCACAGACUUCCUGUCCUCAGCACGUUGAAGUUUAAAACGGAUUUCUAUGAUCAAUGUAACGACGUGGGGCUGAUGGCGUACUUAGGAACUAUCACCAAGACCUGCAACAGCAUGAACCAGUUCAUCAACAAGUUCAAUGUGCUGUACGACCGGCAGGGCAUCGGCCGCCGCAUGAGAGGACUCUUCUUUUAG